AAACAAUUACAGGUACAGCAUGGAAGUUGAGCUUUUAAGCGAGGGGCUGUUCUUCGGAACAACAAAGUUCAAGAAGUACAGAGUCUGUUCAACUGGACUAAGUGUAACUAUUCUUGAACAUGGCGGUCCUAUUAUGAGCGCUAAUAUAGCUUUAAAGACUCUUACUUGUGAUGACGAUGGCUUGCCUCAUACUUUAGAGCACUUGGUCUUCAUGGGCUCAUCUAGUUAUCCUAAAGGAUUUUUGGACUUUGCUGCAAACCGCUGUUUAUCGAACGGGACAAAUGCAUGGACAGAUCAGGACCACACUGCCUACACCGUGAGUUGUGCUGGAAAAGAGGGGUUCCUAACUUUUCUGCCGCUCUUUCUUGACCACAUCCUCUUCCCGCUUUUAACAGACGAAGGGUUUGUCACGGAGGUGUAUCAUGUUAAUGGUGACGGACAGGAUGGUGGAGUCGUUUACUGUGAAAUGCAGACUUAUGAGAAUACUAUUUGUAUUGCAGAUAGAGCAUUUUCUCACUCAGUUUUUGGGAAGGGGAGUCCAUAUGGUGUUGAAACAGGUGGUAUGCUACAUGAAUUGAGAACAAGCUGUAAUGUUGAGAAGUGUAGAGAGUUUCAUGGUCAGGCUUACAGGCCUGAAAAUAUGAAUAUCAUCAUUUGCGGUAAGAUAUCCAUUGAGGAAGUAACAGCAGCUAUCACUGAAGUUAACAAUAAAAUACUGAAAGACAAAUCUACUAAACGUGUAAAGCAGACUGAUUGUCAAGAUUUGAAGGAUAGAAUCAUUGCUGCUGAAACUCACAGUUUCUCGUCCAUCAGCUUGGAAACUGCAGCUUUUCCAUCGCCAGAGGAUGAAGACCCGGGGUGUAUGCUUUUUGGUUUUAAGAGUUUGCCCUUGAACCAAAUAAAAGAAAUAUUGGCCGAAGACAUAAUCAUAGAAUAUUUGAUUAACACAUCGGCAUCGCCUCUGACCAAAGAUUUGGUUCACAUUCCGGAACCCUUUUGCUCGUCCUUGUCCUACCACAGAUACUACUAUCCAACUACUGUAGUUCAACUUAAACUAGAGGAAACUAACUCUGAAAAGCAUACCGAGUUAAAAGAGGCUGUUCACUGUAUUCUAUUAAAAGUUAGGACUGGUUCUAUUGAUCUUGAUAGGAUUUACUCGUUGUUACGAAACAGACUUCUUGAAAGCAAGUUGGAAAUCGAAGAAAACGAUCUCGAAAGCCUGGUAUCUUAUGCAAUUGUGGACAAUUUGUAUGAGCGGGAGUGUCCCAAUUUGCUAGAGAACUACUCUAAGAUGGAUACUUACUAUCAUGAGCUUCUUGAAGGAAGUCAGGAUUUCUGGCAGAGUGUUUUGAGCAGAUUUAUGGAAUCACUUGUUACGUGUGUUGCUGCUCAGCCAAGUUCAGAGCUUUUGACUUCAAUGGAAGAAGAGGACAGUGAGCGAAUAGAAAAGCGAAUCGAUGAACUUGGUGAAGAAAAACUAAGUAAUUACGGAGAAAUCCUUGCUCAAGCUGAGGAUUUCAAUAACAACAGUAUUUCACCUGAGUUAUUUGCUGCUAUCAAGAAACCUGAUCUAAGUCAGUUUGAUGCCUACGACAUCAGUACCUCUUCAAGCCAGGCAGAUUCAUGUCCCAAUUUAUUCCUCCAUAACAUAAACAGUUCUUUCUACCGCUUCUAUUCUAUCAUAGACACUGAUAAGUUUUCCGAUCAAGAGAAGUCAUUAGUUCCACUGCUUCUUGAGGCUUGUUGUAACCUUCCUAUUGCUGAUGAGGCUGGUUUAUCGAUGAGUGGCGAUGAGGUGACAUCCAAGUGUGAGAAACUGUUUCUCAACCAUGGUGUAUCACUCGGUCUGUUCAAAGAACAAAUUUGUCUGGAAUUCACACUUUCAGAAGAUAGUUUAGAGGAAGGUAUUGUUCUUCUCCAGCAGCUCCUUUUCUAUCAAGUUGUCGAUAGCAAGAAGAUCAGCGAGUAUAUACAAAACCUCAAGUCCACUGUCAAAGCAAGCAAACGAUGUGGCUAUGAAAGUGUGCAGUCUCUGGUAUACCAACACCUUUAUCCCUUCAGUACUUCAGCUAAAAGUAGCCUCUUUUGUCAGGAGCAUUCCCUGGAGUCUGUUAGUCUAGAAGAUGCCUGUUCCUCCCUACAAAUCAUGUUCAAAGAGCUUUUCACCUCCGAUUGCUGCUUGCAUAUAAUGAGCAACCCAGAAUUGUUACAUAAACUCGAUCUGUCCGGAAUCAGUUCGCUCUUCAAGCUAGACGGUCGCUCCUCUGAUAAGCUCAACUUCGUUCAGCUUAAAUCGUUCUUAUGCAAAGAUUUGACAAACCUGAUGGAAGAGGAUAUGGUUGUUAAGGUACCAGGCGAGGAAACAAGUUACAUGGCAUCCAUCGUUCCAAUAUCUCAUUCUCUGUACGACCCUCUUGACAUUAAGAUGAGAGUUUUCAAGAAUUGGUUUGGGAACCUUGAUGGGGUUAUUGGGAGAGAAAUUCGUGGAAAAGGUCUUGCUUAUCACUAUUAUACUAGAUCUUCUGCAACGGAUGGAAAUCUCAUGAUGCAGCUCCAACAGUCAACAGAUGUUUCGGCAGCUUUCUGCGCUGUCAAGGAGCUUACUGACAGCAUUGUUUCGUCUGAAAAUCCUACUGCAAUUGUGGAUGAGAACCAAGUUGAGCUGUCAAAGAGUUCUACUUUCUUCUCUCUUGUGGAGAAGGUAAAAUCCGGUUACAGUGCAGCUCUUUGGGAUCUGAACUUUAUUCAUGGAAAAACGGAGAGGAAACCUUUUCAAGAAAUUUCCAGAGUUCUGGAUGACAUUUCUUGUCAAGAUAUUGUUGAUCUUUGUAAAGAGUAUCAUUACAAGCUGUUUGCUAAGGGUGAAUCUGUAAAGAUUUAUACUAUUCCCCAAAAUAAGGAGGUUUAAUUUAUUGACUUGAAAUGUUUGGCGAUUUCCGAUUUGACAGAUAUAUCAUAUCAUUAAUUAUUUAUUGUGCGUGGGAAAUAUUAUAUAAUUAAUUAUGCAGCGUUAACUUUGCUGUUAUUCUGCUUUUUUUUGUUGUGUCAACUUUUUUAAUAUGAUUUAGAUACUUUAUUAUGUUUAUUAAGUUAUUAGUUUUGAGCAAGAUUUGCUUUGGAGUUAUUUCUAAGGUUAGGUUAAUCUUGAUUUAAAUGAGCUUUUAAUUUGAAUGGUUUAUAGUGCUUGAAAUGGGACAUGCGUUGUUGUAUUUGAAUACAUUUAUAUAUAUAUACAUUUAAGCAUAAU